AUGACAACAAUACGGCCUCUUUCACCACCUCCCGCUCUAAUUGGCUGUGAUGAUGUGGUUGGAGGCAAGGUAAAGAAACCAGGCAAGCGAGGUCGUAAACCAGCCAAGAUAGACUUGAAGGCCAAACUUGAAAGAAGUCGUCAGAGUGCAAGAGAGUGCAGGGCCAGGAAGAAGCUGAGAUACCAGUACCUGGAAGAGCUGGUUUCAAGCAGAGAGCGAGCUAUCUGUGCUCUCAGGGAAGAGCUUGAAAUGUACAAGCAGUGGUGCAUGGCCAUGGACCAAGGGAAAAUCCCCUCUGAAAUAAAAGCCCUGCUAACUGGAGAGGAGCAAGGCAAAGCACAGCAGAACACAACCAAACUUGCCAAGGCUGGCAAGACAGAAGCAAACAGCAGCAAUCCCUGAGGCCAAUGCAGAACCUUCUGCACUGCAGCAGAGAUACGUUGGUAGCUAGCAGAAGAAUGCUGUUGUCAGAGAAGUGGAUGCAUCCCUGGGUGCAAGGGGAAGGAUUCAUGUUCACUCUCUUCUCUUUGUUCCUCCCCACAUGAAACUCUCUGAUUGUGGUGUUCCCCAAGCCUGCACAGAGUGGGAUUUUGGGGUUUUUUUGUGCAAGCAGAACCUUGUUCUUCCUUUCUCUGCACCAGCCUCCCCA